GGCUCUGAUUUUUAACCGCUACAACGUCAGGUUUCGCAGAUAAGCUGUUGCAUUUUUACAAGAACACUAACUGGUACCCGAGAGUUUAAAUUUAAGACAGAAAUGCCUACACUGUAAUAACAUUAUUGUAACCAAAGUUAUUAAAAUGCUUAUGAAUAUCGCCUAAUUGAAUAUAAGUACAGGGCCAUUACUGAAGUGUUUUCAACUAGUUUAUUAGCUUGUGUGUGUUUAGAGAUACAUUUGUAGUAGAUUGCUUAAUCUAGUUAUGGAUAAUAUUCAAUUUCUGCUUGCAAAGGCUUUGUUAGUAAUGUAUGUAAUUAUAGUGUCAAAUGAUUGUGCUGAUUCAACAGACAGUGAUGACGUAAUCAGUCUGCUCUCGUCGAACUUAAAACAGCCAAGAUUACCAGCGCAAGGCUUUCCUUUCCAGUCAAAAUUGCUGAAGAACUUGGGCAAACAAUAUCCAGCUCAUGGUGCAUCUGGUGAUUUAAAUGGUUUUGAGUGUCCCGAUGGGUAUAGGAAACGCAUACGUGGAGGGGUCGAGUUUUGCUCCCCAACGAAAACAGAACAGGAAAUUGUGGAAGAUAAAGGACCACUUUGUCCAGAAGGACAAUUCUUGGUCGAUUCUCUUUGCAUGGAUACAGCUCAACAUAAUAUUGUACCACACCUGUGUCCGUAUGGAAAGGUGAAGUUUAUUUCCGGGAAUCAAGCUCACUGUGUCGACGGAAUUUCUUUGAAGGACAUAUCUUGUGAUAAAGGGACAAGUCUUAUCCAUACAAAAGCUGGUUGGAUGUGUGAAAUCACUCAUGCACCUGUACAAAUACAAAAGCAUUCUUACUUGAGUAAUAAACUGCCCUAUGAACAUCAGUUCAAGGAGUUGAAAUCUGGUCCUAACUGGGACAAAGACACUAUCGAUGUUCCAAAAUGCGAAAACGGAAAAGUUGCUGCCAUGACACAAGAUGGAUACGUAUGUAUAGAUCCCGUCUUUCCGUCGUCUGUUUGUCCGGCGCACCUGGUACCAGCCAUGUCGUCACGUGGUAUUCAGUGCAUACCUUGCCCAUACGGUCAAAAUGUAGUCCGCAUAGAAGACGUUGUCAAAUGUGAGAGAACCGACAUGGUAACAACAGAAGUACCCUGUCCUCAGGGUCUCCAGCCUAUCCAAACACCGGUUGGUAGGGUGUGUCAAUACAUGCCAUCAGCUGUCUCUGGACAUGUCCAAAAGUGCCCUGAAGGUAAAGUAAGACACGCUGGAGGAAAGAUUGUUUGUUCAGAAAAAGAAGAAUGUCCACCCGGACAAAAUAAGUUGCGAAGUGACGAUGGCAGAGAAAAUUGCAUGACACCACAGUUGACCGAUGUGCCGUAUUGUUUAGAAGGUGAAGUGUUUUAUGAAGGAGCAUGUAUCUCGCUACAUCUGGCUGAGAAAUUUCGAAGUGACUCGAAAAACCCAUGCAUACCUGGUCAUUUUCUUUUUGUUUCGAAUUUUGGUUCUGUUUGUCAGCCGAUCACUGAAGGCCAAGAAAUUCAUUCCCAUAAUAUUUUGCAAUGUGGACCAGGAUCUGUUGUAACACAGACGGCCAUUGGUUUCCAGUGUUUGUUAGGCGAACUUCCUUCAUACGUGAUACCCAUGUGUGAACACGGAUUCGGUAUAGCUAAGUUAGGAGAAAGUUACGAGUGUAUAUCAAUAUAUGACGCAGAUUUGAUUUGUUCAGCUGAUGAACAGAUGGUGAGAGUCGAUGGAGGCUUUGUUUGCGAAAAGUUCAUACCGGAGAGACACUGUGGGCCUGAUGAGUUUUACCGUACGAACGAGGGUGGAGGAAUAAUGUGUAUCUCACAUCAUCAAGCGACAGAACUGUGUGGUGACGGUUAUGUUGCCGUUAGGGAAGCUGAGAGUUUUCUUUGUAAGAAACUUCUGGAGGAUGUAAAUUGUCCUGUUGGAUACAGCCUUACAGUUGACCAUGGCGAACCUUUGUGCAUAGAGGAAGGAGCCAAGUGUGUUGGUAUUGUCGAUCUUCCUUCGUCCGGAUGCUUAAAUCAAGCUCCACAUUGUCAGCAAGGUUAUUACCUAAAUAUGGAUCUUGAUGCUCCACAUUGUGCACUUGUAUUGAAUCAACAAUUCCAACAGUCACAAACAGACCUCAUAGUGCAGCCGUGUGAUGCAGAGGGAGGUAUACGACCAUGUGAUUUACCUGCAGAUAUGCUAUUGUCCGGAUGUAAUCCAGAUUGCGCAAACGGCGGCACUUGUGACAACGACACAUGUCUUUGUCCGCCGGGAAUCACCGGACAUGCUUGUCAUAUUGAUGUAAAUGAAUGUGAAAGCUGGCCGUGUGAGUAUGGAUGUGAAAACACUUUCGGUACUUACCAAUGCACUUGUCCCGUUGGGAUGUUGCUUGGCACGGACGGACAGACAUGUUCCGACCCAGGAUGUAUCCCAGACUGUCUCAACAACGGUCAAUGUGUACGGGGGCAUUGUAGAUGUGCAAGCGAAUUUGAAGGACUUUACUGUCAGAUAGAUAAGGAUGAGUGUGCGAAGUACGGAGAUCGACUUUGUCAGCAUCAGUGUCGGAACACGUACGGAGGCUACACAUGCAUUUGUCCCCCAGGAUCGCGUUUAAAUCCUGAUGGCAGAACUUGUUUGAACACGACAUGUAUUCCUGCGUGUAGAAAUGGCGGUUCUUGUAAACAUCACCGAUGUCACUGUCCUAGUGGUUUCUAUGGAAUCAUUUGCCAGUUUGAUGUAAACGAGUGUCGUACAGAAAAGCCAUGUGACCAGACGUGUAUCAACACCUGGGGAAGCUAUGUUUGCUCCUGUAACGAGGGUUAUACACUACAUACAGAUGAACAUACGUGUAUACCUGUUACUGACAUUGUGUAAUAAAGAGACUUAAUAUGCAAAG